AUGGCGGGCCCUCACAGUUGGACGCAUCAUGGUGUAGAUGCCACAUACAUGUGCUCGACAGACUCAACCAUACUCGACCUCCAAGCCCUGAAUGCAGCCCUCGGCUCCGAUAUGCUCUGGUGGGCUACCGCCCUCUCCGAGGAUCGCCUUAAGACCAUGGUCGAUAACUGCUUGGUCUUCGCCGUGUACCACGUCCAAGUUGCCAGUCUAUUCUCGAUUCGUCCAAUUGACCCUGUUGCAGACUCUCAGAAGCGUACCAUGAUUGGUGCCGCCAGACUAAUCACCGACCGUGUCACAUUCGGCUAUUUGACAGACGUGUACAUGCUGAAGGAGCAUCAGCAGAGAGGGCUAGGGACGUUCCUGAUGAAGUGCCUGAACGAGGUCUUGGACAGCUGGCCAGAUCUCCGAGCCUUGUGGAUCCUCUCGAGCAGUCCAGAGAGCCGGAAGCUGUAUGAGAAGAUCUUUGGGACGGUCGACUUCUUCGAGGAGAACUCGGACCCGAACUUGAGACUGCUAGAGAAGAAGGGCCCUAGAUCUAACCACUGA